UAAUUGUCACAAGUGAUUUCUGGUAGACAGCUUUAAGCAAGUACCUGUGAAAAUCCUAAAGCGUCAACAUGGUUGAAUGGACAGAUGCUGAACGCCAUUCCAUUACUGGUGUGUGGGGGAAAAUCUCCGUCGAUGAAAUCGGACCUCAGGCACUGGCCAGAUGUCUGAUCGUGUAUCCUUGGACUCAGAGAUAUUUUGCCGCCUUUGGAAACCUUUCAAGCGCUGCUGCCAUCAUGGGUAACCCGAAGGUGUCAGCUCACGGCAAAGUCGUGAUGGGUGGUCUGGAGAGAGCCAUUAAGAACUUGGAUAACAUCAAGGACACCUAUGCCGCGCUGAGUAUAAUGCACUCUGAAAAACUGCAUGUGGAUCCCGACAAUUUCAGGCUUCUCGGGGAUUGCAUCACCGUAUGCGUAGCCAUGAAGCUCGGCCCCUCAGUUUUCACUCCUGAUGUCCAUGAGGCCUGGCAGAAGUUUCUGUCUGUUGUUGUGUCUGCCCUGUUAAGACAGUACCACUAGAGCCUCAUCGCAAAUGAGUACCAGCUACAUUGCAGAAGUUCGCAUGGAGCAGAUGACACAAAGAUCAGAAUCUUAUAAAACAAGAUAAAUAAAAUUAUGUUAAAAGCA